AUGAGAGCGCAGCACACCAACGAACAGAACAAUGGAGUCCCGAAGAGGAUGAAUAAUUAUCAGAAGAACAAGGAGAGGAUCAAGAGGCUCAAGUUGGAGGGGGAGAACAGACGUGGCGAGGGGGGAGAAUCAUGCGAAGCACGUGAGAGGAGCGAGUCUGCCCCGCGCGAGAGACUCCCUAAUUUGAAAAAGUACGCCCUGUGCAUUGGGUACGUGGGCAGCAGGUACCACGGGUGCCAGGGGCAAGGGAAGGAUUGCAUGACCAUCGAAAAUGAGAUCGAGAGGACCCUCAUAAAGAUGAACGCCGUGGGACGGCGGGGUGGUUGCAGGAAGGACUUUAACUUUUGCCAAUCGCGCUCCGCCAGGACGGACCUGGGCGUGCACGCCUUGUACAACGUGUUUGUGUAUCAGGUGGACUUGAGCUGCGGCCAGGCGUCCGGUGCAGCUGCAGAUGUGGUAGAGGCAAACGUGGCAAAGACAGACGUGGUAGAGAGUGGUGACGCGGCAGGUGCGGCCCCCGACGAAGACGCCACUGCCCGAGGGGUUGCCACCCACAGCGCCGCCCUAGAGGAACGGAAAAAAAAGGAAGAAAAGUUUGUGAAGCUUCUGAACGAACACCUGCCUGAAGACAUCCGCUGCUUCGACAUUCACAGAGUGACGAAGAGCUUCGACGCAAGGAAGUUCUGCUCGUUCCGAUUAUAUGAGUACCUCUUUCCCGUGUAUGUUUUGAGUGAGGUAACUGUGCGGGAUGAGUACAAGGAUGUGUUUGAUGAGGCUCUGCGUAUGAUCGACGGGCGCGUGGAGGAGUUAAAGAGGAGGAAGCGCGAAGGGGGGGUGGCAGAUAAGGGCGAGGGUGAAGCGGCUAAGGAGAAGGUGGAGGAUGAAGCGGCUAAGGAGCAGGGUCAGGAUGACGCGGUUAAGGAGAAGGGUCAUGGUGAAGCGGGUAAGGAGAAGGGGGAAGACGACGCGGCGAAACAAAAUAGCUGGGACCAUAUCCUCACCGUGAAGGAAGAAAAAGAAGACCUGACGGAAGAAGAACUGAACACCUUCUUUGAAAUCGUUCAAAGCUACGCAGGGUACCACAACUUUCACUGCUUCACAAAAAACAAUGUGGACCAAACGACCUUCCGCUUUAUAAAGUACUUAGAUGUAAGUACAGUAAAUUUAUACAACUACAAUUUCGUGUCUGUGAAAAUAUUAGGUCAGUCUUUUUUAAUGCACCAAAUAAGAAAAAUGUUAACCCUGUCUGUGGAAAUAUUUCGUAAGGCUACUUCUGUAAACUCCAUUUAUUAUUGUUUGAAGUCGAGGGAGUAUGUACCCAUUUCUCUUUUCCCCGCUGAGGGUCUGAUGCUCAUUUGCCCGUACUUCAAUGCGUACAAUGAGAAGGUGUGCAACCCUCCACAGAGUCCUCAAAUUUGCUUUGAGGAGACCGAGGAAGUUUUGAAGUUCAAGCGGGACGUGGUCGCCAAGUGCAUCAUUGAAAAAAUGCGCAGGGAUGUGUGGAAGGACUGGAUGGUGAAGAUGAACAAGCGCCCUUUUGUGUACCAUUUCAUGAAGGACAAACUUGGUGGUGUGAAGCCAAGCGGUGAGCGCAGCGACCAAGUAUGA